AUGUCAAAUGUUGGGUUACAAGUUAGACAGGCUGUGCCGUCGAUAGACUCAGUAGUAUCAGAAUAUGCUAUUGGAUAUAUUCAACAUAUUUCAGAUGCAACUGAAGAUAGUGUUAGAGCUCAAAAAUUAAAUAUAGAAGAAGAAAUGAAAUUUUUAAAUAAUCUUUUAAUACUGGCUGGAGGUAAUACUGAAAAGAUAAAAGAACUUACAGAUUCAAUUACUGAACUACUAAGUGAUAAAUUAAGGAAAAAUAUUGAAAAAUUAGCAUUAACUGGUGAUACAUCAAAAAGAUUAUUAGAUAUAAAUAUAUUACAAAAUAAUACAAAAAGAGAUAUAAAUUCAUCAUUAGCUUUAUUGUCAGCAAGUAAUGAUAUUGAACAUACAGGUAGAGUAAUGGAAAGUAGAGUAGAUAAAAAGAAAUUAGAAAAACAAGAAAGAAAAAUUGCAAAAAAAGUUGCAAAACGUAAUAAUAAAUUUGUUAAAUAUGAAGCUUCAAAAUUAUUAAAUGAAAAACAAUCUGAAGAUUAUGAUUCUUUCUUUUUGGAAAUAAAUCCUUUAGAUUUUGGUUCAAGUGCUGGAAAAUCAAAAGAUAUUAAAAUUGAUAAUUUUGAUCUUUAUGUAGGAGAUGGUCAAAGAAUUUUAAGUGAAGCUUCUUUAACUUUAGCUUAUGGUAGAAGAUAUGGUUUAGUGGGGCAAAAUGGUAUAGGUAAAUCUACUUUAUUAAGAGCUUUAUCAAGAAGAGAAUUAAAUGUCCCCAAACAUAUAACGAUUUUACAUGUUGAACAAGAAAUAAGAGGUGAUGAUACUCCUGCAUUACAAAGUGUAUUAGAUGCUGACGUAUGGAGGAAAAGUUUAUUACAAGAGGAAAAUAAAAUAAAUGAAAGAAUUGUGGAGAUUGAAACAUUAAGAAAAGAAUUUGAUGAUGAAUCUUUAGAAGUUAAAAAAUUAGAUAAUGAAAGAGAUGAUUUAGAAGAACAUUUAGUUGAAAUAAAUGAAAAAUUAAAUGAAAUGGAAUCAGAUAAAGCAGAAAGUAAAGCAGCUGGAAUACUAUAUGGAUUAGGUUUCACAAAAGAAUCACAACAUUUACCAACUAAACAAUUUUCAGGUGGUUGGAGAAUGAGAUUAUCAUUAGCAAGAGCAUUAUUUUGUCAACCAGAUUUAUUAUUACUAGAUGAACCAUCAAAUAUGUUGGAUGUUCCAUCUAUUACAUUUUUAGCUAAUUAUUUACAAACAUAUAAAUCAACUAUUUUGGUGGUUUCACAUGAUCGUGCAUUCCUUAAUGAAGUUGCAACUGAUAUUGUUCAUCAACAUUCUGAAAGAUUAGAUUAUUAUAGAGGUUCUAAUUUUGAUUCAUUUUAUGCAACAAGAGAAGAAAGGAUUAAAAAUCAACGUCGUGAAUAUGAAAAUCAAAUGGCUUAUAGACAACAUUUACAAGAAUUUAUUGAUAAAUUUAGAUAUAAUGCAGCAAAAUCUCAAGAAGCUCAAUCAAGAAUUAAAAAACUUGAAAAAUUACCUGUAUUGGAACCACCUGAAGAUGAUAAAGUUGUUACUUUCAAAUUUUCUGAACCUGAUAAUAUAUCACCACCUAUAUUACAAUUACAAGAUGUUACAUUUGGUUAUAGUCCAGAUAAAAUUUUAUUUAAAAAUGUUAAUUUAGAUUUACAAAUGGAUGAUAGAGUUGCAUUUGUAGGGCCUAAUGGUUCAGGUAAAACUACAUUUUUAAAAGUUAUAAUGGGUCAAUUAACUCCUUUAGAAGGAUUUGUAAAUAAAAAUGGUAGAUUAAGAAUUGGAUAUUUUGCUCAACAUCAUGUUGAUGCUAUGGAUUUAUCAUUAUCAGCAGUUUCAUGGAUGAGUUCAGCAUUUCCAGGUAAAUCUGAUGAAGAAUAUAGACGUCAUUUAGGUUCAUUUGGUAUAACAGGUCCAUUAGGUUUACAAAAAAUGCAAUUAUUAUCAGGAGGUCAAAAAUCAAGAGUUGCAUUUGCUGCAUUAUGUUUAAAUCAACCUCAUAUUUUAAUUUUAGAUGAACCUUCAAAUCAUUUAGAUACUCAAGGUUUAGAUGCUUUAGCAGAUGCAAUGAAAAAUUUUAAAGGUGGUAUAUUAAUGGUUUCUCAUGAUGUUAAUAUUAUUGAUAAAGUUUGUAAUAAAAUUUGGGUAGCUGAAAAUGAUACAAUAGAUAAUUUUUCAGGUACUAUUCAUGAUUAUAAAAAACAUAUUUUACAAACUGCAAAUCUAGCAGGAGUUGUUAAGAAGCAUUGA